AUGUUUAGUUUUAGUCUCAUUACUGUAUUGUGUUUGUCUGCCGCAUCCAUUUUUGCGUCGAAAGUCGUUGAAGGAUCUCAGCCGGUCUUACAGAAGACAGUGGAAGCAUUAUUUAAAGAGAGAUCUGAGGUGAUGUACCCUGGAAGUUGCAAAAUUAUCAGGAGUUCUCUCAGACAGUCCAGAAUGUGCGUGAGAGAACCAGGGUUACAUAAAAUCCUGGUAACAGCGAAAGAGCAAGCAAUAAACGCGUGUGAAGAAACGUUCCAAUACGACAGGUGGAAUUGUUCACUAGUGUUCAAUAGGAAAGCUAGAAGGAGUGUUUUUAAUAAAAUUUAUAGAGAAACAGCGUUUAUACACGCUCUUAUUGCGGCGUCAAUAACACACGCGGUUGCGAAAGCGUGCGCCUCGGGUGACAUGACAAGAUGUUCCUGUUUAGGGUCUUUUAAAAAGAAUACAACGUUUCAAUGGAAAGGAAGCGGAUGCGGGGACGACUUCAAAUACGGGAAGAAAUUCACAAGGAACUUUCUAGAUUUCAAACACGCGGGCGCGGAUCAGAUUGGCGAGAUUCUCAAACAGGAUGUUGUGGUCGGAGUUGAUGCAAUUGGAGAGCAGAUGAGAGAAGUAUGCAAGUGCCAUGGUUUCUCCGGGUCUUGCACCACGAAGACAUGCUGGAAGAGACUCGGCCCUUUCAACUCUGCCAUGGGAUUACUCAAGAAACACUACCAUCACGCUGUUAAAAAGAAAAUCGUGAACUACACCACAAAAAGGGCGAUAGCGCCUAAAGUGAGGAAACGUACGAACGUAGACAGGAAGAAUCUGGUUUAUUUCCAAAAGACUCCCAAUUUGUGUUUGAGUACGAAAGGAAGGGUGUGUAAGGAUAGGGACAACUGUGCUACAUUGUGCUGUGGCAGGGGGUUUGUUACUAAGAAAAAGUCCGUUAGUUCGAGAUGCCGGUGUAAAAUGGUGAACUGCUGUUUCGUCCAGUGUGACACCUGCACUCAGGACGUAGAUUAUUAUGUUUGUAAGUAA